GGCCGCUCUUCCAAUCAGAAGUCGCCUGUGAGGACGGUGGUUGGCUGCGAUUCAUUGAAGUCGGAGGAGGUGACGCCAAAGUGACAGGCGUUUCCAGCUUCUCAAGUAGUUGUAACUGGCAGAGAACCUGUAUAGUCAUGUGUGGAAUUUUUGCUUAUCUCAACUACCAUGUGCCAAGAACUCGCCGUGAGAUCCUUGAGACUCUCCUCAAGGGUCUGCGACGCCUGGAGUACAGAGGCUACGACUCAGCUGGCGUGGGAAUUGACGGGGGUAAUGGCAAGGACUGGGAGUCAAAUGCCAAGUCUAUCCAAAUGAUCAAACAACGUGGAAAAGUGAAGGUUCUUGAUGAGGAGAUCCACAAACAGCAGGAUAUUGAUCUGGAUGUGGAGUUUGAUGUGCACCUCGGCAUUGCUCACACACGCUGGGCCACACACGGUGUGCCAAGCCCAGUCAACAGCCAUCCACAAAGAUCUGACAAGAACAAUGAAUUCAUUGUCAUUCACAAUGGAAUUAUCACCAAUUAUAAGGACCUCAGGAAAUUUCUGGAGAGCAAAGGCUACGAGUUUGAGUCAGAAACUGAUACAGAAAGCAUCGCCAAACUUGUGAAGUACAUGUAUGACAACCGGGAAAGUGAUGACAUCAAUUUUGCCACACUUGUGGAAAGAGUGACCCAGCAGCUGGAAGGAGCCUUUGCCCUGGUUUUCAAGAGUGUUCAUUACCCUGGAGAGGCAGUUGGCACAAGGAGGGGAAGUCCUCUACUGAUUGGAGUGCGUAGCAUUCACAAGCUAUCGACAGAUCACAUUCCUGUGCUUUACCGCUCCUCUGCCAAAGACAAGAAGAGCUGUAAUGCCCCACCCAGGACAGACCAGGACACCUGUCUGUUCCCUGUAGAUGAGAAAGCUGUGGAGUACUACUUUGCCUCUGAUGCAAGUGCAGUGAUUGAACACACGAACCGGGUGAUCUUUCUUGAGGAUGAUGAUGUGGCUGCUGUGAUGGACGGCAGGUUGUCCAUCCACAGGAUAAAGCGGAGGGCUGGAGACUAUCCAGCACGUGCCAUCCAAACCCUGCAGAUGGAACUACAGCAGAUAAUGAAGGGCAACUACAGUUCCUUCAUGCAGAAGGAGAUCUUUGAGCAGCCAGAGUCUGUUGUUAACACCAUGAGAGGGAGAGUCAACUUUGAUAACAACACAGUGACGCUGGGCGGACUGAAGGACCACAUCAAAGAGAUCCAGAGAUGUCGACGACUUAUUCUUAUUGCCUGUGGAACCAGCUACCAUGCUGGAGUAGCAACCCGACAAGUCUUGGAGGAGCUAACCGAGCUCCCCGUCAUGGUGGAGCUGGCCAGCGACUUCCUGGACAGAAACACACCCGUCUUCCGCGAUGACGUCUGCUUUUUUAUUAGCCAGUCAGGCGAGACUGCUGACAGCCUCUUGGCCCUGCGCUACUGUAAGGAGAGAGGGGCUUUGACUGUGGGUAUCACCAACACGGUGGGAAGCUCCAUCUCCAGGGAAACUGACUGUGGGGUUCACAUCAACGCUGGGCCAGAGAUCGGAGUAGCCAGCACCAAGGCUUACACCAGUCAGUUUGUGGCCCUGACCAUGUUUGCACUGUUGAUGUGCGAUGACAGAAUUUCCAUGCAGCCCAGACGGCGUGAGAUCAUCCAGGGCCUGAGAGUGCUUCCAGAUCUGAUUAAGGAGGUCCUCAGUUUGGAUGAUGAGAUCCAGAAGUUGGCAACAGAGCUAUACAAACAGAAGAGCGUGCUGAUCAUGGGCAGAGGCUACCAUUACGCCACGUGCCUGGAAGGAGCAUUGAAAAUCAAAGAGAUCACAUACAUGCACUCGGAGGGCAUCCUGGCCGGGGAGCUGAAACAUGGACCUUUGGCUCUGAUUGAUAAACUGAUGCCAGUCAUCAUGAUCAUCAUGAGAGACCACACCUACACCAAAUGUCAGAACGCUCUGCAGCAAGUUGUUGCCCGCCAGGGCCGCCCUAUUGUGAUCUGUGACAAAGAUGACUACGAGACUAUCAAGAACUCUAGCCGCACCAUCAAAGUGCCCCACUGUGUGGACUGCCUGCAGGGCAUCCUGAGCGUCAUCCCCCUGCAGCUGCUGUCCUUCCACCUGGCUGUUCUUCGAGGUUACGAUGUGGACUGUCCAAGAAACCUGGCCAAGUCUGUGACUGUGGAGUAAACCAUCCCCCUCAUCACCUUACAACAACCUGGCAGACACACAUUCAAACAAAGAUGGUAAAGGAGCAUCUGUACACAGGAAUCCACAUGGUCUCUCUUGCGUCUUGUGUAACAGCUCUUUUUGAUGCAAUCUUUUACUCAAUAGUAAUGUAUCUGACUGUUGCAUAUUAUCUGUGUAUCAUCAUCUAUUUUCUGGUAAACCUUAGACUCAUCGUCACGUUAAUGUUGAAGUAGCUGUUUCUGUCCGUGGUGGCAGGGUCUGGGCCGGCACUGGCAUAUUUUUAUCACCCUAUGUGGGGUUGUGAAUUUGUAGCACUAGUGGACUAGUGAAUUUAUUCACUUUAUGCUCCAAACCUGUGAGCAAGUGCUCUGUGUUUAUUUUAUGCUGAUUGGUCACUGUGGGAGCUGCUGUCAAGCUGAUGACUGACGCUUGUGGGGUUCAAAUGUUUUUUUUUUCUUCUGUAGUGCAAUGAGUAGUAGUUUAGUAGGGAUAUUUUUCUUUGGCAGCUAAUCAUUCGAAGUGUCUUUAAAGUUGAAGUCAAUGACGGUCUUGAAUAAUUCUAAGCCACAGGUCAGCGCUUCUUUGUAAUUACAGCACAGUUUGCCAGCUUUGAAUCAGUUUUCUUCCUGAACUUGCCUCUGAGGUCACACAACAUACUGUAGAAGCAGUAGACGUUUAAUCACAAAACCUAUUUGAAUACAUUAAUGUGUAAAAGUCUUGUGUUUUUCUGUGAACUUAGCGUUAGAGAUUUUAACUCUGGUGUCUGCUCUGUUAAUGAGCCACUUACACUAGAGGGAAGGAUUUAGUCACCAUGCACUGUUUCUGCUUUGUCUAUUCUCUAUAUAUUGUUACCGUAAUGCUCUCUGUGCAUAGUUUAGUUUGGUUACUUAUGUCGAACUCCAUUGCCUCCUUAAUUAACAUACAUUUGAGGUCUUGAGUUUACAAUAAUAAUACUUUUAUUUUAGUGAGAUGAAGUUACUACCCUGAAGUGGAAUUUGUACCCAGGUGCCACCCUACACCCUGCCACCAUGACCAUGCUACUACUAUAUAUGGGACCAUUUGUAGCUCUGAUUUCUUCCGAUUUGUUUUAUAUACAUUCCAUUUUCUUUUGAUUUUUAAAAAAAAUUAUAUUAUUGAAGUUAAUCUUUGGUUUAAAAUAUGAAUGUUAAGGUCAUUUGAAAUCUGUCAGAAUCUAUCAAACCAAAUAUCUCUACCACAGCAUUGUAAACCAGAAAAUGUCUAUAGGUUCAUCUUGAUGUUUUGUAGCACUUUCACUGAUGCUGGUACAUGUGGAUCGUGUGGUAUUAAAGAGUCUUGGAGGCCUAAAGGGGCAAAAUACACAGUUACAUGACACAAUGUAAAUGUUUACUUACUGUAGGUUGGAAGGUUAUGCCAGCUGCGAGAGUGGCCUAAAUGUGUUGAAUUCCAAGGAAAGAGUCAGCUGUCUAGUGAAGAAAUGGGAACUGCUUUUUUUCUUCCGUGCUAUUUUUGUUUCAAAGAGAUUUAUCAUGCAAUCAAGCCUUAACCCCCCACAAUUGAGCAUGUCAGGAGUUAGUGAGCCGGGUUAAAACUGGACAAUGUCGUUACAGGUACUUUUGUAACUUGCAUACACGGUGAUCGGUUACUGAGGGAGCAGGACGAUAUUUAUUAGUGAUGCAAUAAAGUGUGGAGUAUUUCUCAUUGUCGAAUGGUGUCUGAGAUAAUUAGGGUGGAAAAUGUUACAAAUUUGCAUAGAAAGUACUUUAUUAGAAAGAAAUACUGACAUACAAUUAAAAUAAAAAAAAGUAUAUGUACAAA